GGACACCAGUGACGGGGCAGGACACGGAGGUAGACUUUCAUUUCUAGCCCGUACACACGGUGAAACAGUAGACAUCCCCUCUAUGCAUUUUUAACAGCUCAGCAGGUGAUGGGAGCAGUUAGGUUGGCAGGACACUUUGUUCACAGAUAAGCUUGGGCAAGUGAUCAGAACAAGCUCCCUGCCUGAGAGCCUUGUUAGUCAAGAUGCCUGGAGCCGGCGGCGUCAACGAAGAGGGUUCUUGCAAGGCCUUGUGUCGAAACCUGGUGUCCCACAACUGCCUGCAGAGAGACACAGCUGAUAUCUCUCAGUCUGUCCUUUACACAUCCCUGAUGGGUCUUCUUCUGGUGGCUGACAAUGAGAAAGAACAACUCGCUUUAGGAAGUGGAAGGGCUGGCCUUAGGAACAUCAGGAACACAUGUUUCUUGAAUGCAAUAGUCCAGUGUUUGUCUCAUACACGUGGCCUGAGGGACUACUGCCUCCUAAGGUGCUACAGACAUGAAAGGUUCUCCAAAGAGGAAGCAAGGCUUACUGAAGCCUUCUCUCAGGUAUUGUCUGGCCUUUGGGAUGCAAAAGAAGAGGACAUGGUUGUAAAUCCAAGACAGUUUUACAAUAUUUUCAAAGAUGCCGUGCCUUACUUCAGUGGCUAUAGUCAACAGGACGCCCAGGAGUUUCUCAGGUUCCUUUUGGACAAGCUGCACACUGAAAUCAAUCGCAAACCCUACAUUAGACGAACACUGAAGGACUCUGAGCAAAAAUAUGCCAGAUUUAGGAUCUCUGAAGAGGCGGCUGCCAAGUGGAAGACACACUUGGAGAGAGAAGACAGCAAGAUAGUUGAUUUGUUCUCAGGCCAGCUGUUGAGCUCGCUGCACUGCUCUGUGUGCUCCCACUACUCCAACACGUUUGAUGUCUUCUGCGACCUGUCGCUGCCCAUCCCAAAGCGGUGCUCUGCUGGAGAGGUGACACUGAAGGAGUGCCUGGACCUCUUUUCUCAGGAGGAGAGGCUGGACAAGGAGAAUUCACCUAUGUGCGAGAGGUGUAACAGGCAUACAGAGAGCACAAAGCGACUGUCCGUCCAGAGGUUUCCCCAUGUUAUUGUGAUCCAUCUGAAUCGUUUCACAACAUCACGGUGGUCUAUCAGUAAAAGCACUGUUUAUGUGUCCUUCCCACUCACCGACCUAGAUCUUGGACCCUACGGCCCGGUAGACUGCGGUCCGGUUCUGUAUAAUUUAUAUGCAAUAUGUAACCACGUGGGGACUGUAAACAUGGGUCACUACACAGCCUGCUGUUCAGAUGAGAAUGGAUGGUGUUACUACAAUGACUCAAGUGUGACACCCGUUUCUGAGAACCAGCUUCAGACCAAUCAAGCUUAUGUGUUAUUCUACCAACGCAGCAACAACACUGCCAAUAAAAGGAACUAAGACUUCAGACUGGCUAAGGAAGACAGCCAAUCACAGAAACUUUACCUCCAGUGACCAUAGAAACAAACACAGUGCAGCCAUGCUGGCAUUUAUGAACAUUUUCAAUCCCAAGGAAGUGCAACACAAAUAUGUGCUCUAAAAAAGCGGAAAGCAGGCUGUGAAGAGGUGAUUUUAUCAAAAACAGCUCAGGUGCCCGGUCGCCUUAAGAGUCUUUAUUAUGUCCUUGUUCUCAGAAUGUACUUGAAGCAAAGCUCUUAAUAAGUAAGUAAUUUGAUUGGCAGGACUUAUUAGUGAUCAUCCUAACCAUCUCAUAUCUUGAUGUCAUGGAACAAUUGUUACAUAGUAACUGUCAUUUUUUUUAAUCUUUGUGCCACAGUUUGGUGAAUGUGCAUGUAAAUAAAUGUAAAGUAUGAAGGAAUUACUCUUUUAAUUAAUGUUCGUUUAUAUGUUUGCACGGUGGCCGAGAAGUGUAAAACACAUUAAGAAAAAGCAAAACAAAUUACAGUUAUACCACGCGGAAGGGGAAUGUACCAAAUCCUAGAGUGGAAGUGAUAACUUUUGGACCAAUCAGUUCUGGGGAGUUGGUAUAUUCCUUUUCCGGUUAAAGUUUGUAGCUGAAAAGUGCAAAACUAACUACAAUUAGACCACCCAGAAGGAGAUUGUACCUUUGUUAUACCCUGUUAUAAUAUUUGAUAGACUCCUGUAGUACAUCUGUUCCUUCCGUCUGGUAAGUAACGUUGACCAACUCCAGUGACCGGACACAUGUGCAACAAAAUCGCAUCAAGCAGCUCAAGUGUGUGCUGCAAAACUCGAUGCCAAUGUCCUCCAUUAGCAACCGCCACAACUCCAAAUGCUAUCGCUUCUGAUUCGUGUGGUACAAUUGUAAUUUGCUUUAGUUUUUGUUAAAGUGUUUUGUACUUCUCGGCCACCAACAUUAACUGGAAAAGCAAUGUACCAACUCCUCUGAUUGGUCUAAACGUUACCACUUCCUAGACCUCUGGGAUUUGGUACAUUUCCCUUCGGGGUGGUGUAAUUGUAAUUUUUUUUUGCUUUUUGUUAACGUGUUUUGCACUUCUCGGCCACCGUAUGUUUAAGCAUUGGUAGAUCUUUUAUUUAGCCAUCAUGGCAACUUGAACAUACAUAUCUGACAUAUAAUUGUUUCAUGUAACUAUACCUGUAUACAAAGAUGAAUGUUUUUACUUCUGUCUGAAUGUAUACUGGAUUCCAUAUGUUACACAGGCUGUGAAACGAUCCCUUACUAAAAUCACAACGGUGGGUCUCAGAAUGAUAAUGUAAGCUUUUAGUAACUAAUAAAACAUAGUUUGUUACAAUAUUAAAUAUGUAGUGCUAUAAAGUGCUUUACGCUGUCAUGUUCCUCAUCAAAACAGCAGAAAAAACAAUGGCAUGAUAUGGUUUAUUUGUUAUAGACGUGCUUAACAAGUUACAUUAAAGGAACAUCACAUCAUAACAUUUGCACUGUUCAAUAGGAAAUGAGUAGGAAGAGGUUUAUUUAUAUCCUCCUACCCCUUUACAGAUAAUUCAAUCACACCUUCCCAUGAGAAAGAAUGAUUCUUUUGGCACUAGUUAUAAUUGUCCAAGGCAAAAAACAUACAUACAAAAAUAAAACAUUGUCUGACAAAAAAAACUAUUGUG